AUGGAAACAGAAGAUUUAGUAUCGCAAUGGGAGAAGCUACAUCUUUCCAAGGAGGAAAGCUCUUUCUUUCAUGUCAACCCAGAAACCUAUAUUGAGGAAGGUGCACGGGGCAAAAACUGUCUGGUGGGGAAGGCCUUAACUGAGAAGAGUGUUAACAGCGAGGGAUUUAGAGUCACAAUGUCUCAAAUAUGGAAGUUGGAGGGGUGGGUUAUUUUCAAGGAGUUGGGAGAACAAUGUUUUCUGAUAGAAUUCCAAAAGCUGACAGAUAAAGAGAGAGUCUUGAGUGGACGUCCAUGGUUUUUCGAUAGACACCUUCUAACCAUGAUGGAAGUGGAUGAAACAAUAUCCAUUCAUUCAUUACAGUUUCGGUUUGAACCCUUUUGGGUGCAGUUGCAUAAUCUGCCGUUAGCAACCAUGACAGAAGAGUUUGGUCAGCAGUUUGCAGAAGCAAUUGGUCAUGUUAUCAGAGUUGAAGCCGAGGCUGAUGGGCGAGCUUGGGGGAGGUGCCUCAGAGUAAGGGUAGCGGUGGAUCUCCAUCAACCUCUUCUGAGAGGGAAAUGGCUGAUGCUAGGUGAAAAACAACACUGGAUUCCCUUUAAAUACGAACGUUUACAGAGCUUUUGUUUCAAGUGCGGGGUGCUAUUUCACAAAGGAAGGAACUGCACAAGGACGAGAGCUGAGCAACAAGGCGAUGAACAAGCUUCAUACCAGUUUGGCCCCUGGUUACGAGGGCAACCCAGAAUCACAAACAUUUUUGACAGGCGUAGGUACGGUGGUGGUGGAGGUGGAAACCACCGCAAGGAUGAACAACAAGGAGACAGGGAUCGGUUUGAAUGUGAAGAACCAAGGUGCAAGGGCAAAGCUCUCAAAGUGGAAGUUUUGGCGGGAAAGCAGGACACGUCCCUAGCGGAAAAUGAGGAAGAAAAGAAGCAAGGGUCCAAUCCCAACCACCAGCAGAAGAAGCAACAGUAG